AUGAGUGAAGAAAAUAAUAAUACGGCAGAAAUAGUGACCGACAACACGGAGCACGGCAACAUCAUCACCAUACAAACCACUCUCGGAGACGAAGAUGAAGAUGUUCACAAGUGCGGUAGAUGCCAGACAGAGUUCUCUGUCCUGGACGCUUUCAUACAGCACAAGCUCAAGCGGAACUGUAAACGCCCUCAGCAGGACUCCCAGUUGGAUGUGGGGUCUGACACCACUGUGGCUCAGUCUAAAAUGGACAUGAAUGGGUUGUCUUCAGAUGAUGCAGACAGAUCCAAUGCAGCUGAUGAGGUAGACAAGCCUAAUCUCUUGACCGGCAGAAGGAGAGGCAACUCAAUAAAGAGUAAUGUCCCUAAACGUGAAGCCCCCAGUUCUAACAGCCUUGACCCCUCAAAACUUGUAGUAAGGGUUAAUGAAGAGGGACGCUACAUUUGUCAUAUAUGUGAGAAGACAUUUAAAACGACAAACAUCUUAAGAACGCACUUGUCCACUCACAGUGACAAAAAGGACUUUAAGUGUGAACUCUGUGGAAGCGCUUUCAGAACCAAAGGGUCUCUGAUUCGCCACAAUCGAAGACACACAGAUGAGCGUCCGUACUGGUGCAGUCAGUGUGGUCUGUCCUUCAGAGAAUCAGGUGCUCUGACACGACACUUGAAGUCUCUCACACCCUGUACAGAGAAGAUUCGCUUCAGCCAGUGCAAAGAGAUAUUAGUCAGCAAGGAUGGAGUUCAGAAAGGAGUCCAGGCCUCAGCUGCGCUCCCUCAGAAAGAGGAGCAGCAGCUCCCUGUGGUCAGUGUGGUGGACAAUACUCAGGAAGUCAUCCAUGAAGUCCAUAUACAGAUGGUGGAUGAAUCAGGCCAGGUGGUGGACCAGCCUCAGGCUCAGCCAGUGGAGGAGGGAAACAAUCUGAUUUGCCAAGCCAUCAUCAACUCAGGCAUCACCCUGGAGAGUGACAGCGCCGUGGCAACCGAGCAGGCCGAGGCCAGGUCACCCAGACAGGACCUAGAGGAACCUGAGGAAGAGAGCAGAAUGACAGAGAUCCACGUGUCAGAAGAGUGUAUAGAGAUGGAAUCUGAGGAAACCGUGAACACCACAGAAAAGGAGGGGAAUGCUGCUCCAUCCAAAGUGCACAGAUGUCCUCACUGCAACAGAGUGUUCAAGGCUUUGAGUUAUCUGCGCUUCCACGUGAAAGGACAUCUGGGUUAUAAGCCAUUUAAAUGUGUGGUGUGUCAGAAGGAGUUCCUCACAGGCUAUCUGCUGAAAAAACACAUGGAGAUGCACCUGAGUGAACGGCGAUAUAAGUGUGGAGAAUGUGGUAAGCUCUACAAGACCAUCGGCCACGUGCGUGAACACAUGAGGGCCCACUCAGAUGAACGGCCACACCAAUGCAACCACUGUGACAAGAGCUACAAGACCAAGAAUGCCUUGCAGGUGCAUCAGCGCACCCACGGCCAGGACAAACCGUACGUGUGCCCUCACUGCUCCCGUGCUUUCAGAGAAAAAGGCUCUUUGGUGCGUCACAUCCGUCAUCACACAGGAGAGAAGCCCUUCAAGUGCUCCAAAUGUGGCCGGGGCUUUGCCGAGCACGGAACUCUUAAUCGACAUUUACGUGCCAAAGGGGGCUGUUAUUCAGGCCAGAAGGAGCUAGAGCAGACUGACACUGCCCAGGAGCAGCAGGCGUCAGCAGACAGUGUGGCAGCCACCAUCAUCUCUGAGGACCCUCAUGCUGUGCUAGUGGAGUUCUCCUCUGUGGUGGCCAACACUCAGGAGUACAUCAUCGGGGCUCCAUCUGAGGAAGCCACCCAAGGAGAGGAGGUGGCACUGAUCCAAGACAAUCAGAAUCAGAUGGAUAAUCACAUCAUGAAGGUAGUGCAGCAGAUUGUUAGCCAGUCCCACGGAGGCUCGCGUCAGAUCAUCGUGCGGAACGUGGCCGUGGACGAGAGCGCCAGCAUAUCCGACUGCGGGGACACCAUCACCAUCGCCACGCCCGAGAGUCUGACGGAGCAGGUUGCCAUGACGCUGGCCUCUGCCAUCAGCGACGGCACCAUCCUUACCACAGAGGGUCCUCUGGAGACGGCCCACGGCACUGUGACCAUGGUAGCAGCCCAGGACUUGGAGGUGAUGGAGCAGGAAGAGCAGUAUGUCAUCACCUCACCUGAUGAGAUGGAGAUCCAGACUCUGGUGGUGUGAGAGUAGAGGUUGCAUCUUAAUGGGCUGCUGGUCCACUCUCAGUAUUUUGAAGCUUGAAGAUGAACUGCUUCCAAUGACCUGUCAGGAACGCUGCGCUGUUUUUUUUUAACAUAAGCUUUGAUGGCACAUUCUGCAUUUCGCAGGAGGGCGAUGCCUCCCAACUGUUUUGCAGAUAAAAUGAGAAAUAGUCAAAUUGUGCUUUUAAUGUCUU